AUGGGAAUACGCGUAUGCACGGACCACAUAGUCCACUCUUCACUUAAGUCUCUGUCGUUCUCUCUCUCUCAUCGUCUCGUGUCUAUACCGAUAUCCAAUCCUUUCGACUACUUAACAACUAGUCGACUAUCGAAAAUGCCGGAAUUGAAGGCCUUCAGAGGUGAUUACUACCUGUGGAAAUAUGUGCCUUCCCUCCCAGCGGCAAUCAUCUUCUUGAUACUCUUCUUUGUGGCCACUAUAUUCCAUUUCUGGAAGAUCCAUCGUACUAAGGCAUGGUUCUGUUUGGCCUUCGCGAUUGGAGGACUCUUCGAAGUUAUUGGAUACAUCGGACGAAUUGCUGCAUACGAUAGCACGGAUUCUGUGACCGUCUAUGCCAUACAAAAUGUUUUCCUCCUCCUCGGCCCCGUACUUUUCGCAGCCUCCAUCUACAUGGCUCUCGGACGAAUCAUUCGCAGUGUUCAUGCUGAGAAACAUUCUCCCAUCCGCAUCAAAUGGCUCACCAAGACAUUCGUCAUGGGAGAUGUCGUAUCUUUCCUGGUGCAGGGAAGUGCAUCAGGACUGAUGGCUACUGGCAACAAUGCGAAGAUGGGCUCGAAUAUUGUGGUGGCCGGUCUCGUCAUUCAAGUCAUCAUGUUCGGUCUUUUUAUCGUCACAUCAAUUGUUUUCGAUGUUCGCAUGCGUCGGUCCCCCACACCCGAAGCUUUUGAUGAACGGAUUAACUGGAUGAGUCAAUUGCGCACAUCAUAUGCCGUGAGUGCGCUUGUGCUGAUUCGGAGCAUCUUCCGUGUCGUGGAGUUCGCAAUGGGAGUUGAUGGAUACCCACUCACUCAUGAAUGGAUGUUAUAUGUGUUUGAUUCUGUCUUGAUGAUUGCCGCUAUGUUCAUUUGGGGUGUAUGGCACCCUGGAGCUUUACAUAGAUUUAUCAAGGCCGAAGAGCGGAACGUGUCAAUUUUGACAGGAGGAGCAGAGUUAAAGGCAUAG